CACUAUAAUGUUUCGUAACAUGAGUUUACACAUAUGUUGUUUUGUAGUUGUAAAAAGGAAGCAGACAAUGGAAGAUUUGUUGCCUCAAACAAGUGUAACGCAGUAAAUAAUUCCUCUAACACACAUGCUGUGGAGGAGUUUAGGAAUUGUUGCAGAAAUGAUAUUAUACAGAACCUGUUCCUUCCUUCAAAGAUAGCACCGUUGAAAUGACUCCAAAACGGAAGACAACCAGCUCAGAAUCUACUUCAACAACCAGCUCUGGCUCCUCAUCUAGCAGUUCCUCUAGUUCAGGCAGUGAAUCUAGCUCAUCCGAUUCGGAAAACUCCAGCAGCUCUGCAAAUAGCCAGAAAGCUUCUGACACAGAGAGAACAAAAAAGAAAGCAACCUUUCCUGCUAACCGGCAUGGCAAGACUAAAGCUGAAGCAGUUUCUGUUGUAUCAUCAGAAACAAAAAAUAAGGAAAGAGUACCACCAAAGAGUAGAUCUGUAGUAUAUUCUUCAGAAUCUGAAGAAUCACCUGCUAAAGUAAAAUCAGCAAAACGAAAACCACCAGCCAAACCUAAAGCCACUGCUACAGUAGCUCCAGUUGUUAAACAGCAAAGACCACCUGCGAAAUCUACUACUACUUCUGUACAACAAAAAAACACAUCAAAUCCCAAACCAAUUGGUGGUAAUAAGCCUAACAAACCUGCUGCAUCUACAAGCACCAAUGGGAAAGUACUAGACAAAUCAACGAAAGUAACAUCUGAGCCUGUACAAAAGAAACUGAAAAAGAAAAGUAUCUUUAGCCCAGAGAAUAGCAGCGAAAGUGAUGGUGGUAUUCCUCCUAAGACCACUGUACCCAAGCCAACGAAUAACUCUACCAAGUACACAAAGAAUCAGCCAACCAAGGCAAAACCAGUUGACACAAAACAAAAACUAGUUGCUCCUAGCAGACCCAGUCUAUUGACGAAAGCUGUACAACCUCAGAAGUCUGACAGCUCUGCAAGUUCCAAAAGUUGUUCUGCAGGAUCAGGUUCUUCUGGUUCAUCGGACAGUAGCACAGACUCUGAAUCUUCUGAAAGUAUAGCGAGUCCACAGCCUCAAAUAAAGAAAAAAGAUACUCAACCAAGUGCAACGGUAGCUGCUGCAACCAAUGUUCCACCGAAACGGCCCUCUGUAGCAGUAGCUCCAGUGAAACCACAAAAGUGUACAAAACGGCAAAGCACAGUAAAAAGUGACGAUGAAGCCGACGCGUCUGCCAGUGAGAAAGAGAUUGAUGAGCACGGGGAGACAACUGCUUCGAAGGUGACGGCGAAGGGCAAAAGGAAACUCCAGACGCGUAAGGGUAGCAAGUUACUUCAGCUUCAAACGAAGGCUGCUAGCGAUUCGGAAUCCGACGCAGGUACGGAAACGGUAGCGUGUAAGCGUAUCCUGCAAAUUCCGCUGAUCCGGUGUGAUUUAUCGAGAGUAGCCGAGAGCAAGAGGAGCACCAGCAAAUCGCCGGUUAAACGCGCCGGGCCUAGCACCCAGGCCAGGCACGCUUCCGGUGCCAACAGGGUAUCACAGAACAGCGCCGGGACCAACAAUGCCACCAGCGGAAGAUCCGGUCAGGGGAAUUACGCCCGCGCGCGGGUCGCUAAGGAGAGAGAGUGUCCUUUAGCGCCGACGUGCGACUCUAGGGGUCACCUCUCCGGGAAGCUCGAAUCGCACUUCACGUUGGAGGCUUGCCCCAUGUAUCACAAUACCACGUCGCAAGCCUGCAUAGAGUUUCACAAAGACAGGAAGAAGCGGGAGGAGGAGCGGAAGAAGGCCGUCGGUUGCCUCGCGAAGAAAUCGCCGAAGGGCGUGCACCAGACGACGGAGCAGCGGAACUAUCAGCUGAAAGUCAGAGAGCUGAGGAACAAGUGGAAGGGGAACACCGGCGACGGGAACGAGACGGACAGCGAGAACGAGCUGCAGGGGAACGAGAAGGACCGUCAGCCGCGCCUGACGAACCUGACGCCGGACUACGAUCUGAAGCUGUUCAUGGAGGCCCAGGCGAUCGCCAGCGAGAAGAUCGAGAAAGAGCUGAAGGAGCUGGACUACGACGGCGAGGGUAGAAACGCGGGCGGCACGCGGGUGAUCGAGAUGGGCAAAUGGGAGAUGGAGGUGUGGUACCAGAGCCCCUAUCCCGAGGAGUUCAGUCGCGCACCGAAGCUUUACUUGUGCGAGUACUGUCUGCGGUACGCGAAGAGCCGUCAGGUGCUGAGGCGGCACAGGGAGAAAUGCUUGUGGAGGCAUCCGCCCGGCCACGAGGUAUAUAGGAAAGACAAAAUAGGCGUGUGGGAGGUGGACGGCAAACGCUACAAGCAGUACUGCCAGAACCUCUGUCUGCUGGCGAAGUUCUUCCUGGACCACAAAACGCUGUACUACGACGUGGAGCCGUUCCUUUUCUACGUGAUGACGAUCGGUGACGCGGAGGGGUGUCACACGGUCGGCUACUUCAGCAAGGAGAAGAGUUCUUUCCUGAAUUACAACGUGUCCUGCAUACUGACGCUUCCGCCUUAUCAGCGGCAGGGAUACGGACGGUUGUUAAUCGAUUUCAGUGAGUAACAGAGUC